AACUACCACUGGCGGAGAAGCGGAGGGGAGAGGCCGGGGUUAGGCGCCAGUAUUUGGGUUGCCUCCACCUGGCGCUAAAUUUAAAAAGUUAACAGGAGCAGCCGGUUGGCUCCGGAAACGAAACCAAAGUGGUCCCGCGGGCCGCCUGCUGCGCCCCGCCAGGCCCUCGGCGCGCCGCGCCACCCGGAAUAGACCCUUCUCCCGCCAUUUCCCGCCAGGCUCCAGCCAGGCCCCGCGCUCCGAGGGCUGAGACCGGCGGCUGCCGGGCCCUCAGGCGCCGCGUUUGGGCCCCAGGAGAAGGCGGGCGGCAUGGCGGGCCGCGUGGACCGCAGGGAUGGCGCUGGCGCCCGGCAACUCGUGUUUCUGCUUCCAGAAUAUUUAAAAGAUGCUUCGAAGAAGAUGAAAAGUGGGCUUAUGUUUGUACAAUUGGUCAACCCAUGUUUAGGGAAAGGAGUCCUUUACUUGUUCAAUAUGUGUCCACAGCAGCUGUUUGAAAUAAAAGUUUUCAAGGAAAAACACCAUUCUUGGUUUAUAAAUCAAUCAGUUCAAUCAGGAGGUCUUCUUCACAUGGCCACACCCAUGGACCCUCUAUUUCUGCUUCUGUACUACCUUAAAAAGGCCGAUAAGGAGGGAAAGUUUCAGCCUCUAGAUCAAGUUGUGGUGGAUGACAUGUUCCCAGAUUGCAUCUUGUUGCUGAAACUCCCCGAACUUGAAAAGUUACUUCAACACGUGACAGAGGAAAAAGAAAUAGGCAAAAAGAAAUAUUACAAGUACAGCAAAGAGAAGACAUUAAAGUGGCUGGAAAAAAAGGUAAAUCAGACUGUGGAAGCAUUAAAAACCAAUCACAUAAAUGUUGGUGCCCGGGUACAGUCAAGUGCAUAUUUCUCCGGUCACCAGGUUUCCAGUGACAAGGAAGAGGAUUAUAUUCGUUAUGCCCAUGGUCUGAUAUCUGAUUACAUUCCUAAAGAAUUAAGUGAUGACUUAUCUAAACAUUUAAAGCUUCCAGAACCUUCAGCUUCAUCGCCAAAGCCUCCAUCAAAGAAAGUAAAGUUAUCAGAUGAGCCCAUAGAAGCAAAAGAAGAUUACACUAAGUUUAAUACCAAAGAUUUGAAGACUGAAAAGAAAAAUAGCAAAAUGACUGCAGCUCAGAAGUCUUUGGCUAAAGUUGACAAGAGUGGAAUGAAAAGUAUUGAGUUUUUUUUUGGUGUAAAAACUAAAAAAUGGAAAAAAUUGAAACUGAAAAUGAAAUCUAGCAAAAAUAUUUUCCUUUCACAUGUUCCAUUUUUGGUCUUCCUCCAUGUCACUGUACUUCCUGACCCUUAAUCACCACCUUUUGAAAUAAAAAAAAAAAAGAAGCAGUUUUCAGAUUCAUUUGAACAUUUCUUUGUAUUUGAUUUUUUGUUCCUAAACAAAAUAUGGGAAAGUAAUUGUGUAACUAAAUGACUUGUGGACUUUGGAGUCUUCUUUGACACAAUGAAAAGUAAUCAAGUGAAUAGAAUUAACCUCUAGCACCACAAUUUCCUCAAUAAACAGACAUAUGACAAUA